AUGGGUCGUCGAUCUAGAUCGCGUUCCAGAGAGCGAAGUCGCAGGAAAAAAGAUCGAAAGCGAUCUCGCUCAAGGGAGCGAGAGCGAAAAAGAUCCCGUGAUCGGGAGCGACGAUCCCGUUCGCGUGAAACUGAAAGAAAGGAGCGCAAAGAGCGUGAAUCAGUGAAAGCACCGUCGGAAGUAAAACCCAAAAAAGAAGAGCCCGAUAUAAAGCUUGAAAAAUCUUCUGGUGUUGCAGAAGCGCCGAAGAAAUCUCGAUUCUCUGGAGGUCUUGAAGCCUGGCGAAAAGCACACGCUAUUGAUGCGGCAAAGAAAGCCCAGAUUGCUGGGGAGAUCAAGGAAGAGGUGAAAAAUGAAGUACUGGCACCGAACAAAGUUGAAAUUCCUGGAUUUCCCAAGGCCAUGAAGGGCGUGAGUGUUUUCAAGCCAGAACCAAAGAAGGACGAUGGCGACUCGUUCACAGAUGCUGACAUUUCUGAACGCUUCGAUCUUGCCAAAUUGGCACGAGAGACCAUGGAGCGAAGAAAGAAUGUCGAACGCUGGAGAAGAGAACAGAAGCGAAAGAUUGUCCAUGAAGUAACAGAAGAUAUCCGGGAAGAAAAACGACGUCAGAGACGACAACAACUUCAUGACAAGUCGAAUCCUUGGGUCGAGGACGGAGAAUCAGAUGAGGAAGCGGAAGAUGUUCAAGUUCAGACGAAGAAAAACGAAGACGAUAAGAUGCAAGAAGACGAAGAUGAAGAUCCCCUUGAUGCUUUCAUGUCGAAUCUUAAGGAGUCAAUGGGCAAGAACUCUGGAAUUGUCAUGGAAGAGAAAAAAUCCGCUGAAUCUAAAGUUUCUCACGUUGUCGCUUCUCGAGUUAUUGCUGAAAAGCCAAAAGGUAGCGGUCGUGGAGACCUUAUCGAGGCGAACCAAGAUGAGCCAGAAUACAGCUCAGAAGAAGAAGAUGAAACUCUUGGCGAUACUCUUGUCUCAUGGACUCAGAAACAGCGUAAACUCCUUGAGCAAAAGAUUGACCACGGACAGAUAAAUUACGAGGUCUUCAAGAAAGCAUUCUACACCGAGGUCCCUUCCAUCGCGAAAAUGACACCAGAAGAGGUCAAGCUCUUGCGCGCGACCGAGCUUGAUGGAGUGCGCAUUCGUGGAAAGAACUGCCCAAAACCUAUCAAAACUUGGGCACAGUCGGGCUGUUCCAGCAAAGUUUUAACGCUGCUCAAACGAAUGAAAUUCGAAAAGCCAACUCCCAUCCAAGCACAGUGUCUGCCAGCGAUUAUGUCCGGAAGAGAUGUCAUUGGAAUCGCAAAAACAGGAAGUGGUAAAACCCUGGGUUUUCUCCUUCCUAUGUUCCGUCAUAUGGAACAUCAGCGUCCUCUCGAAAAAGGGGAAGGGCCUAUUGGUGUAAUUAUGACUCCAACUCGUGAAUUAGCGAUCCAAAUCACAAAAGACUGCAAGAAAUUCGCGAAUCAUAUGAAAUGGAGAACGGUCUGUGUCUAUGGCGGCACCGGUAUUUCCGAGCAGAUUGCGGAACUCAAAAGAGGAGCAGAAAUUAUUAUCUGUACACCCGGGCGAAUGAUUGACAUGUUGGCCGCGAAUAAUGGCCGAGUCACCAAUCUAAGGAGGUGCACUUACUGUGUUCUUGAUGAAGCAGAUCGUAUGUUUGAUAUGGGUUUUGAACCUCAGGUAAUGCACGUAUUAAAUUCCGUAAGACCAGAUCGUCAACUAGUCAUGUUCUCGGCUACAUUCCCUCGCUCCAUGGAAGCCCUUGCGCGUCGCAUCUUGACAAAACCCCUCGAAGUAACUGUUGGUGGAAAAUCUGUUGUUUGCGACGAUGUCGACCAAAAUGUCGUUGUUCUCAAUGAUGAAGACAAGUUCUUGAAGCUCCUCGAGCUGCUUGGCCGAUACCAAGAGAAAGGAUCAGUAAUUGUUUUCACUCACAAGCACGAAGUGGCGGAUGCACUCUUGAAAGAGGUCCUAAAAGCAGGUUAUCCUGCACAAGCUCUUCAUGGCGGCAUGGAUCAGUAUGAUCGAGAUUCUGUCCUCAAUGAUUUCAAAAAGGGAGUUUCAAGUUUAUUGAUCGCUACUUCUGUUGCUGCUCGAGGAUUGGACGUUAAGAAUUUGAUUCUUGUCGUCAACUUUGAUUGCCCAAAUCAUUAUGAAGAUUACGUCCAUCGCUGUGGCCGAACUGGUCGCGCUGCGUUCACUUUUCUUACCGAAGAAGAGGGAAAAUAUGCUGGUGAUAUCAUAAAAGCGCUUGAAAUGUCGAAAACUGCUAUACCAAAGCCCCUCGAAAAUCUUUGGGAAAGAUACAAGCUUGAUCAGGAGAGACUGGGCAAAACGGUUCACAAAAGCUCUGGGUUCUCUGGUUCAGGAUUCAAAUUCGACGAAGCUGAAAAACAGAUGGACAAAGAUAGAAAAAAUAUGCAAAAACAAGCUCUCGGCUAUCAGGAAUCUGAUGAUGAAGAUGCAGGAAAUGUGGACAUUGACAAGCAGAUCGAGAUGACUUUCAAGUCGAAGAAGAGUGUCAAGGAAACAGUUGUUGGUGCAGAUGAGCAAGGAGAAAAAGCUGAUGUCGGACGAGAUAAUCAACAGAAGCUGGCGCAGGCAAAGAAGAUGGCGGAGAAAAUCAACGCUAAGCGUGGAUCGAAUCAGUCAGAGACUCAGCAAACUGCCCAGGCUGUCAUGAACGGGCAAGAUCUCAAACCUAUCGCGGCACCUCAAGUUUCGAACAAACUCAUUGCAGAUCAAAUUGCUGCAAAACUGAAUGCAAAGCUGUGUUAUGUUCCGAUGGAGCGACCAGAUGGAACUUCGGGAGCAACACCUCUCGAAGGAAUGUACACGACAACUUACGAAGAAGAGCUUGAAAUCAACGACUUCCCACAGAGCUGCAGAUGGAAGGUCACAAGUCGCGAAGCAAUUGGAAAUAUUACCGACUAUUCUGAAGCUGAAGUGCAAAUUAGAGGCGUUUACUACCCCCCUGGAAAGGAACCUGGCGAGGGCGAAGAACGAAAACUUUACCUCCUUAUCACCGGCCACACUGAGCGUGCAAUCCAAAUGGCCAAGGGAGAGAUCACUAGGAUAAUUAAAGAUGAAUUCACACGACUCCAAACAAGUUAUCAAGCGCCCAAAGUCGGCCGAUUUAAAGUUCUGUAA